AUGCAGAGACAGCAAUACCCUCCUCCACCUCCACGGAACCAACAAGGUGGUUACUACGCCUCAUCGCCUGUUUCUUCCAUCAGCUCUACCUCGACUACCGCUCAACGACCUCCAUCAGAGCCCAGUUGUGGCUCCACACCUCACCGCGGCCCCAGCAACGGGCUCAAAAUAUCCAAUCUUCUCUACACGUCUGCUCCUCACGGUCAACAGAUGCCGAUGGGUGCCGUAUAUCACCAGCCACAAGUUCAAGAUCUUGAGAGACAACUUGCCCAAGCAAAGCUCCAGCUACAGCAACUACGCUCUGGAGUCACCAAAACCGAUAGUGUCAUGGACCCCGAUUACGACGUUAACGAGGAUAUGCCAACAAUCCCAGAGAUUGGAUGUAAACCUCUGCGUCUCAACACCCCGAACGUGAACUAUGACUACUCUCGUGUAUGCUCUAAGAUGCGACAGUACGGUCAAGGCCUUAUCCAUUUCCCGCAAACGCCAUACUUCCUCCGACCGCAACCUAUUCUGGGUGCGGACGUACCUCCUCUUCCGCCGACCAACAUUGCACAUGUUCUUAUGAGGCACUACUUCUCAUGCGUUCACUGUCUAUAUCCAGUCCUCCACUGGCCUACCAUUCUACACGUCUACGAGAGAGUCCAUCAAGCUGGCACACUCCAGGGCGUUCCACGAGGAUGGGCAGCUGUGUUUUUUGCCCUCCUCGGCUGUGGAUCUCUGCACUCCCUCGAUCCCGAUUUAAUUGCUAAAGGCAAGGAAUAUAUCAAGACUAGCAUGGGCUUGAUCGAUCUUUGGCAAGACACUUUUUCGAUUGAACAAGCCCGCGGCGCAAUGCUAGACCUUGGGUUCCAUAUGGAGUCAGGCCCAUGGGAGCCGAUGGACGGUGAAAUGAGGAAGCGUGUCUGGUGGUCAAUCUAUUCGUGGGAAAGACUUAGCGCCUUAGAACUUGGCCGACCACUUGCGAUUAACGACGAUGACUGUGACAUUGGCCUUCCAUCCUCCAUCGAGGAGCAACUUAUCCCGGAAGGUGACCAUACCUCAUCAGAACAAAAAUCAAAUCCUUUACUCGUCAUCGUCCACAUAAUGCGCUGUGUAUCUCAGCUCACCAAAGCCCUCAAGAGUUCGGUUAUAUCCAGUGAUACGCUAGAGCUAUUUGAUCGCCAUUUUAGGAUGUGCCUUAACACCUUCCCGGCGGAUUAUCACAUGCAGUCAAAUCAAUAUCUUGACCCCCGGUCACUUUCCCCAGUGAUAAUCCUUCAAAAUACGCGACUAGUGUUGCACCGUCAUAAUCUUUCUCCCGCUUGCCCACCGGAGACCAGGAGCGUCGCCAUGAAUCACUGUUUGGCAGUUGCACGCGAUACGACUGGCAUUCUAACCCGAUGCAUGCGUUCCCCGACAUCUGCGGAGCCUGGUAGCCCAUCUAAAGCAAAUGGGGAUGACUGGCGCUAUCUCCUAGCCGCAGCAGCCACUUCUGUGAUCUGCAAACAUAUAUGGCGAUGCAUCUUACUGCUGUUAUGCCGAGCGGAUUACGCGGCCGCUCUCGUAUGUAUCCAAGCCUCCUCCGCCAUUGGGGAUGCCAGAGCAGCAAACGUCGCUUCGGGUCGAUACAUUGCCUUCUUUCUAAAAUUUCUACUUGAGAAGCAGCAAAAUGGCAACUCCCUAAGCAUCGAAGAAGACGAAGAAUUAAUGGCCUAUGUGUCUGGUGACCUCCAAAGUUCGAUGGAUAAUUCUUGGGUUUGGAGGGCCACUAGUCCCAGCUCUGCCUUGGACCCAAACACGAAAUCUCCCUCUACUACAUCAAAUUCAUCAAACGCACCUUUUAAGUCGGAGGCGGUGGAGAAUGCUCGAACAGAUGUGAACCCCGAGGAAAAAGCUCCAGAAUGGGAAGGGUGGGCCUGGGUUGAAACGGUAACGCAACGCUUACUGUCAGAGCAACAGAAGAAGCAGCAGCAGCUUAAUCCCGCCCCUGUCAAUGGCGUGGAGACUCCACGCUUGGACCAUCCAGUUUUAAACGGCAUUAAUACUUCCUGCCGCCCACCGGAGCCAACCAACAACCCAUGCCAGAAGAGUAAUAUCUCCAAGAUGACAAUCGCAAACAUUAUAUGA